GACCUGUGUCUGCCGCAUAGCUGAAAUCUUGAGCAACUCCUUCAGCCUGACAUGGCAGAAAAACCAACGCGGUAUGUCCACACAAAUACCGAUGAAUGAAGAUAUACAAAAAGAAGAUAAUAUCCGUUGCUUAACUCUGCUUGGUCAUUUUGGUUUUGAUUGUUUGCCUCAUCAACUGAUGAACAAAUCUGUUCAACAAGGGUUCUUUUUCAAUAUUCUCUGUGUGGGGGAAACUGGGAUUGGAAAAUCAACAUUGAUCGACACACUGUUCAAUACUAAUUUGAAAGACAAAAAAUCCUCACAUUUUUACCCAAAUGUUGGACUUAAAAUUCAGACAUAUGAACUUCAGGAAAGCAACAUUCAAUUGAAUUUAACUGUUGUGAAAACAGUGGGGUAUGGUGAUCAAAUAAACAAGGAAGCCAGCUACCAGCCGAUAGUUGACUACAUAGAUGCUCAAUUUGAGUCCUAUCUUCAAGAAGAAUUGAAAAUUAAGCGUUCCUUUGUUGACUACCAUGAUUCCCGUAUCCACGUGUGCCUUUACUUCAUUUCACCUACAGGACAUUCUCUGAAAUCCCUUGAUCUAUUAACCAUGAAGAACAUUGACAGUAAGGUGAACAUUAUACCACUGAUUGCCAAAGCAGAUACAAUUUCUAAAAAUGAUUUACAGAAAUUUAAGUGUAAGAUAAUGAGUGAAUUGAUUAGUAAUGGCAUCCAGAUAUACCAACUCCCAACAGAUGAUGAAGCUACCAUGCACGUGAACACCUCAAUGAAUGGACUCUUACCUUUUGCUGUAGUAGGAAGUAUGGAUGAAGUGAAAGUUGGAAAAAGAAUGGUCAGAGGCCGUCAGUACCCUUGGGGAGUUUUACAAGUGGAAAAUGAAGAUCACUGUGACUUUGUUAAGCUCCGGGAUGUGCUUCUUUAUACAAACAUGGAAGACUUGAAAGAACAAACCCACACUUGGCACUAUGAACGUUAUAGGUGCAGCAAACUUCAGAAAAUGGGAUUUACUGAUGUGGGUCCAGACAACCAGCCAGUUAGUUUUCAAGAGAUCUAUGAAGCCAAAAGGCAGGAGUUCUUGGAUCAAUGUCAGAGGGAAGAAGAAGAGUUGAAACAGAAGUUUAUGCAGAGAGUAAAGCAGAAAGAAACAGCAUUUAAAGAAGCUGAAAAAGAGCUACAGGACAAGUUUGAGCAUCUUAAGAGGGUCCAACAAAAGGAGACAAUGAAACUUGAGGAGGAGAGAAGACAAUUAGAAGAAGAAAUAAUAGAUUUUUAUAAAAUGAAGGCUGCCUCUGGAACAUUGCAGACUCAGGGGUGUACCAAUAUAAGGAAGGACAAAGAUCGUAAGAAAUAAUCCUCUCUUACCGUUCUGUGUGUCAUAGAGCCCUAUCACUCUCAAUCCCAUCUUCCUGUGAGAUUUUUCUCAUAGCACUAAUUCUGAUUGAAAUUAUACUAAGUUUUAAAAUCUGUUUGCUUAUUGUAUAUUUUCUCCAACUAGAAUGUGAACUCCUUGGGAGUAGGUACCUUGACCAUCUUGUUAAAUGCUCUGUCCUCAGUGUUUAGAACAAGAAUAGCACAGAAUUAGCACUCAAUACAUAUUUGCUAAAAUGAAAGAAAAUCAAAGAAUUAUAUAGCAGAGUGUAAAAAGUGAUUAGCUGUUGAAAUUCUUUUACCAUAGCCCUACCUGUGGCUCCAGGGACCAAGUAUAUAUAUAUACUAUUUCAUAUCUAAAUAGAAGUAGGGGAUUUGUUGGCAUAAAAUAUUAUGUUAUAAAAAGCUAAUUCUUAUGCUGAUAUUCCUUAACAAAUUCUACUGAUAAUAAUUUCUUGAUACUUUUUAUUAAAUAAAAUAUUGUUU